AUGGCUCGUCUACUGUUUCUACAUGGUUUCUUACAAAACGGUAAGGUCUUUUCUGAAAAGUCCUCUGGUAUCCGUAAGCUUCUAAAGAAGUCCGAUGUCGAGUGUGACUAUGUCGAUGGUCCAGUUGUAUUAGAACCAAAGGAUUUGCCAUUCCAAAUGGAUCCUGAAAGAUGGCAACAAACUUUAGAAGCACAGGUAAACCGUGCCUGGUUUUACCAUAGUGAUAUCUCCGCAGAAUUGGAUUUGACCAAUACUUUAUCCUACAUCUCUGAUUAUAUCAAGACCAAUGGUCCAUAUGACGGUAUAGUCGGUUUUUCUCAAGGUGCAGCAGUGGCUUCCAUCCUAACAAAUAAGAUUACAGAAUUAGUCCCUAACCACCCAGAAUUCAAGGUAAGUUUGCUCAUCUCUGGUUAUUCUUUCACAGAACCUAACCCACAAGGUGAAGGUCUAUGGAUUACACCUAAAUUCCAAGAUCAAUUUAAACCGGUCAAAGAAUCAAAUACUCGUAUCAUUUUCAUCUAUGGUGCUAAUGAUAUGGCAGUUCCUGGUGAAAGAGCUCAGUGGUUGGCUAAUCUGUACAAGAAGUCUUUAGAGAACCCUGAUCUAGUGAGCCAGUACGAGCACCCAGGUGGACACAUGGUACCAAACAAAAAGGACUUUAUAAGACCAAUUGUUGCUCAAAUCGAAGAAGCACUAGGUAAAUAA